GCUUUUACAGAAUAUCCAUACCCUGAAUGAAUAUUACUUGACAUUGUUGGCUGAUGGAAUCCAUAAGUAACAGUGGAUCUAGUGUUGAUAUGAGAACUAGUCCUUCUACAAAUUCAGGUGAAGGAGAACAAUUUAACAAAGAAAAGAAACAAGUAGCCUCCUUUUCACCCUUUUCAUCAGAGUUGAAAUCACAAGAUCACUUUGACCUUAUGCCAAAUACAACAACCACUACAACUCAUCCUAGACCUUUUGGUGCAACCUCUCCUACACGUGACCAAACAUGCUCACAGUCUGAAUUGCAUAACACACAUUUAGUGGCAGAAAAGGGUGGCGGAAGGCCAAUUGAUAGCCAUGUGGAAGCACAUUCUUCUAACCCUUUUGGUGAAGCUAAUCCUUCUCCAAUGGAAAAUAACACAGCCCCCACCAACACUAAACAUGUUGGUGCAUCUGAAUCUGAAAAGGAGCAUGACCAUACUAGUGAAAGUGCAUUUCCUGCUGAUGGUAUGCUAGGCCCCCAUUCAUCAUUGGCACCAUCCACAAAUGAAUCAUCACAAGGGAAUCCCUUCAAAGUUCCUCCCACGAGUGAAACGAGAAAGAACACUAAUGUUGGUGAAGCUGACUUGGUGAAAGUUGAUGAACAAUUUGAUCAUGGCAGUGAAUCACAUCAUAGACUACCAUCACCGGAGCAAGGUCAUUGGAGCGUGCCUAGUAGUGAAGCAUGGACACAUCCUACUAACACACAUGGUGAAACUCAUGUUCCCUCUUCAAGCCAACAAUUAGACCCCUUGUUCACAUUGGAAUCAGCACAAAAUCAACAACAAGCUGAUGCAACUUCUAAGAACCAUGCAGGUGCUACUACUAUUCCCACAAGCGUUGAACCGCAUCAUACCUUUUCAGUUGCAGGACAAGGACAUCAAAGCAAGGCUGAUAGCAAUUCAGUAACAGAUAACAAGUCAGACUCAUCAGUUUUAUCAUUUUCCCCGGCUUCUGAAUCUUCAACUCAAGACCACAAGCAUAAUUCUGCAAAUGCAGCCACUAACACACACGGUGAAACUCAUGUUCCCUCUUCAAGCCAACAAUUCGACCCCUGGUUCACAUUGGAAUCAGUACAAAACCAACAAGAAGCUGAUGCAACUUCUAAGAACCAUGGAGGUGCUACUACUAUCCCAACAAGUGUCGAACUGCAUCAUACCUUUUCAGUUACAGAACAAGGAUAUCAUACCAAGGCUAGUAGCAAUUCAGUAACAGAUAACAAGUCAGGCUCAUCAGUUUCAUCAUUUUCCCCAUCUUCUGAAUCUUCUACUCAAGACCACAUGCAUAAUUCUGCAAUUGCAGUCACUAAAGCACCUCAAAAACGGGGAAAAGAUGUUAAGUUUGCUUCAGAAUUCAGUGAUGAUGAUAUCCCAAUCAGCUCUUAUCCAAAACAUGGACGGCAAGGUAGUGAUGGUGCAGGACAAUACUCAUCAGCAGGUGUUGCUCCUGGCACAAGCAACGGCUCAGAAAAGCAAAAUCCUUCACUGCAGGUGAUGGAGAGUCCGGAUAAUCCUACAAUUUCUUCAAACUAUAGGUUUCCAUCACAUGUGUUUGAUAGACACAAAUCAAAAUCAAACACUCAAUGGAGCACUGCCUCUAAUGAAUCAUUGUUCAGCAUUCAAAUGGGAAAUACGAGUUUCUCGAAUGACAUGGCUUGGAUGAGCAAAUCUGGUGAUAUGGAUAGACCUGGUGACAUGAACUCGUCUGGCGCAUUUCCUCCAAGCAAUCAGCCCCCAUUCCCACCUCAAUCCCAACCCCAACCUCAAUCUCAACCUCAACCUCCAGUAACAAAAUUCAAUGAUAUCAGCCAAUGCACUGCAAAACAACAUGAAGUUUCAAGAGUGACUGAACAAAAAGCUGCUGAGACAAUGAGAGAGGUUAUAAUGGAAAACAGUAUAAAAAGAGACAGUGUAAUCAAAGGAGAUUUGAUACCUGAUCGUGGGGCAGCACCUUCCAAUAAGCGUUCUACUUCUAAUGCUCAUUCUCACCAAUCAGACGGGAGCACCAAAUCCUUUGCGUUUAAUGUAUUGGCAGAUGGAGACAAACCUCUUUCACCAAAACAUGGUGAAGAGAAGAGAAAGCAGCAGAAACAGCCAGGGCAGCUUAACAUUAGACCAACACCAGAUGCAGCAGCUCAGAAUCCCAAGUCAACCCCAAAUGCUUCUCAGAACAAAUCAUGGUUUUCCUGCUUCUCAUGCUGUUAAUUAGAACGCAUUAGAUCACCAUCUGAUCAUAGAGUCUCUCUUGGCUUCUACCAAAACCAUUUUAUUGUCUAAAUCACCUUGAUAGUUUAGUAUCAAGCACAUGCACUUCAUAGUUGGGAAAUCAGACACAAAUAUUCUGAUUAACAACGUAACAUUUGAUAGCACUCUUGGUAGAUAAAUGGAUCAACAGAAACAAUCUAGGGUCCAGGGAUUCCAUAGAAAAUUAUUUUUAGAUGGCACACUAAAACACAUGCACAAGUGUGCAAGGUCACACAAAUUUUCUGUGGCACGUGAACAACAA